AAACACACAGAAAAUUCUUCCAUUCUCAUUACUAUUAUACUCUUAAUUUUGAUAACAUGGUAUCAGAGCUUCUAUUUCUGUUUAGUUCUUUUUUCUUUUAGAUUUCAGCUUAGUUUUUCAGACUGGGUUCUUCCUCAAAGAAACCUGAGUUCAGUUCAGACCCUUCUGUCUCCCAGAAACUCACUCCAAGACAGAUUUUUUUUUGCCCUCUCUAUUCAGAACCUUAGUCCAAAUCAUAUACCCCAUCUCUGCCUGCCAAGUCCAACCAUCUUCCCGGCGAAUUUCAGACAAUUACUCAUUCAGCCUCUAUCAUAAUCUGGUGCGACUGCCGUAGUCGUUCACAGACUGAUUUUCCAAACUGACACCCUUAAGCCACACACGCCUCUGGAGGUACUCGCAGACAGUGCACGCGCCGACAAGUGACACCUCUUCUCUGGCCGGAGAGAAGAUCGGAACUCAUCAACAGGCUAGCCUGAGAGUCCUCUACCACCAGGUAUACGUUCCUUCUCUCUCUUUCUGUCUCAAAGGGAGGAGGUCUGGUGGUCGCUCGCUCGCUGGGGUCUUGCAUCGCAUAUCCGUGGACAUACGCACAUGCUGGUCGUUGGUUGAUAAGGUCGUCGUAGCUGAUUAUUCGUUGGGGUCUGGCAUCGGAAUUAUCUGGAGUAGUCAUAGCCCAAGCAGAUUGGAUCUUUUAUUCUCCAAGGUUGAGCCCAAAACGGGCUGCUGUAAGUUUUUAUUAAAUAUAUCCCAAUUUUGAACUUUAUUACAUUCUAUUAAAAAAAAAACAAAAAAAAAAAUGCCUGGUUCUGACACUGACACCUCCGCAGUAACACAAAGUAAGCCUUUGAUAGUUUCUGAAGUUAUUCCCAUUAAUUUUAAAAUUACUGAGAAUAAACUUUCUGGCUCCAAUUAUCUUGAAUGGAGUAAAACUAUCAAACGUUAUUUACGGAGCAUUGAUAAAUAUACCCACUUAGUUGAUGACCCGCCAAAGGAGGAGGUUGAUAGAGCUGCUAAUACUGCAUGGCUUCGUGACGAUUCUAGAUUAUUUAUCCAGAUUCAAAACUCAAUGGAGAAUGAGGUAAUGGGGUAUAUUAGUCAUUGCGAUACUGUGAAAGAACUGUUUGAUUAUUUGGAAUUUAUGUAUUCUGGAAAAGGUAAUCUUACCCACAUCUAUAAGGUGUGCAAAGCCUUUUACAGAGCAGAAAUGAAAGAUAAGCCUCUCACGGCUUAUUUUAUGGAUUUCAAGAAAACCUAUGAAGAGCUGAAUACAUUAAUGCCAUUUAGUCCUGAUAUCAAAGUGCAACAGAAACAAAGAGAACAAAUGGCAGUGAUGAGUUUUUUGGCUGGUCUAACAUCUGAAUUUGAAACAGCCAAAUCACAUAUCUUAUCUAGCGAUGAGGUCUCUUCUCUUCAAGAGUCUUUCACUAGAGUGCUUCGCACCGAUACUUCAUCCACGCCAUUAACACCUCAGUCAAGCAAUGCAUUUGUAGGGCAAGUUCCGACAUUCACCAGAGGAAGUGAGAAAUAUCCACGUACUGGCCCAUCUGGCAAAGGCAUAGUAUGCAACUACUGUAAAAAGCCUGGACACUUGAUCAAAGAUUGUAGAAAAUUAAAAUUCAAAAAUCAAGGAAAUCAGGUUGCUCACAUUGCUUCCGCUACACAGUCUUCUGAUGGAUCAAUAAGUAUGUCUUCUGAGGAAUACGCCAAAUUUCUUUGCUACCAAGAGACUCUAAAGCAUUCAUCUACUCCUAUCUCAGCUGUCGCUAAUUCAGGAUCUGGUGACGAAUCGGGUUAUUGGUAAAGGAUAUGAGUCGGCUGGUCUCUAUCUCUUGGAUACAUCCUUACCCAAAUCCAUCUCUUGUCUUGAAGUUGGAACUGUGUUAGAGGCUCAUUAUCGACUAGGCCAUCCCUCUCUCCCGUUGUUAAAGAAACUUCAUCCUCAAUUUCAUAAGGUGUCAUCUUUACAGUGUGAUUCAUGUCAAUUUGCAAAACAUCAUCGAACUAGUUUAAGUCCCCGAGUCAAUAAACGAGCACACGCUCCUUUUGAACUUGUUCAUUCUGAUGUUUGGGGCGCUUGCCCUGUUGUGUCCAAAACUGGUGUUAAAUAUUUUGUUACCUUUGUUGAUGAUUAUUCUCGUAUGACUUGGAUAUAUUUCAUGAAAUGUCGUUCUGAGUUAUUUUCUCAUUUUUGUGCCUUUUGUGUUGAAAUUAAAACUCAAUUUAAUGUACAUGUCCGUAUUUUAAGGGGAGACAAUGCUCAAGAAUAUUUAUCUUCCUCAUUUAAGUUGUACAUGGCUCAACAUGGCAUCAUUCAUCAAACUUCAUGUGUAGACACACCUCCCCAAAAUGGAGUUGCUGAACGAAAGAACAGACAUCUAUUAGAAACUGCGCGGGCUCUUCUAUUCCAAAUGAAUGUGCCUAAACAGUUUUGGGCAGAUGCUGUGUCUACCGCAUGUUUUUGAUCAAUAGAAUGCCAUCUACUGUUUUGGAUGGUAAAACUCCAUAUCAGUGCCUAUUUCCAAAUAAUGAAAAUUUUCCUAUCC